GCCUGUCACCGCCUGCGUCACGGGCCCGGAGUUUUCCACUGACGAAAAAGGGCAGCGCGCGCGGCGCAGCCCCGGCAGCGGCAGAGCGGGAGGCGCCGCCGCUGCAGCCGGACCUGCCGCUCCGGGACCCGCCGCAGCCGGAGUUAUAUGAAAAGUACGGCGUCACCAUGAGCGGGGUAUUGAAAAGGAAGUAUGAAGAGCUGGGGGAUGACAGUACCUACUGCUCCUCCUCCUCCUGCUCCCCCCUCUCCUCUUCAGCAUCAUCAGGCUGGGAGACAGAUGAGGAGAGCUCCCGUGGAGAGCCCAAGCCUAGCUCUGCCUUAACGCCCAGCUUCACCCCCACAUCUAUCCUGAAGAAAUCCAAGCGACUGAAGAAGAACAAUGUGGAGUUUGACCGGGUCACUGUGUUUUACUUCCCACGCUGCCAGGGGUUCACAAGCGUGCCUAGUCGUGGGGGCUGUACCCUGGGGAUGGUGAGCAAACACAGCUCCUCCCGGCAGUUCACGCUAGCAGAGUUUUCAAAGGAACAGGAAAACGUUCGUCGGGUGAAACUGGAAGAGAAAUUAAAAGAGGAGAAGUUGGAGGCAUUGAAAUGGAAACUAACCAUGAAUGGCACGAAGGAGUCAGAGGAGGCCAACCAGCUCACUAUUGAAGACAUCUCUGAUGAUGACAUCGACGUCAGCAACGUGGACUUGGAGGACGGCUUCUUCCUCCAGCCCUACCCUGCCAAGAAGAGACGUGCACUGCUGAAAGCCGUGGGGGUGAAGAAGAUCGACAAGGAGGAGAAGCGGGAGCUGCACAACAUCCGCUUGUCCCGGGAGGACUGCGGCUGCGACUGCCGGGAGGUCUGCGACCCAGAGACCUGCAGCUGCAGCUUGGCAGGCAUCAAAUGUCAGAUGGAUCACACCUCCUUCCCCUGUGGCUGCACCAAGGAUGGCUGCGGCAAUACUGAGGGCAGGAUCGAGUUCAACCAGGCCCGUGUGCAGACCCACUUCAUCCACACCAUCAUGAAGCUGGAGCUGGAGAAGCAGCAGCAGAGCAGUGAGAAGGUGGCAGAGGCUGAGCCCCCCUUUCGGGAACGGCUCCCACAGUUGGGAUGUUCAACAGGGAAGGGCUCUUUGGAGGAGCGUGCAGUGCCACUUGCACCCGCCUUCCAGUUCAGCCCUGACCUGGAGGCCUUGGGGGAGAACAGUUGCAGCAGUGACAUGACAGACUCCUCCAUUUCCUCCCACCCCAGUGAGGACCUGGAGGAGCCCUACGAGAGCCUCCCCUCCGACAAAUCCCAGUCAGAUGUGGAUGACGAUGGCUUGGCACGCAUCCUCCACUUCAAUGACUCAGAUGCUGAGGAAGAGGGUGGUCAUGGUCAUGAUGACCUGAGCUGCUUCCACCCCACCGAUUUCUUCAUUGAGGACCAUGGCGAUGAGCCUAAGCCUGUGUCUGGCCACUUGUCCCACCUCUCCGAGUGCCUGGAUGAGAAUGCCAACCAGGACGGUGGUGGUUUGUUGGAGGAUGCUGCUCAUGCACGGUGCGAUGGACUGUCCUGCUGCACCUCAUCCCCGGGUGAGCCCUGCUCCAAGAGCUAUGCUGACCUUAGCCUUUCCUCUGACUCCUUGGAUUUCUUCCAGUCCUUCUCAGACUAUAACUUGGGACCCCUUUACAACUCCUUAAAGGAGUACGAGAACCUUGAUAACUUCUCAGCGUUACAGUUUCAGUUGCCUAAUUUUCCAGGUUUCCCACAAGCUGGAGACCAGGGCUCCUGUUUCUUGGAGUCCCUUAUCGGUUUGUCUGAAUCCGUCCCCGAAACCCCAGCCCCUUUCACAGACAAUCAACUUUUGGAGGAUGCCAUCAAGUCAUCGCUGAUGGAGACGGUGAAAGUGUAAAAUGCCCGUGUGGCUUGAGCAGCAAGGAACAGCCUGAAGGAAAAUCGAAGCGGGCAAACUUGCACCAAAAGGAUGAUGUGUUACUCAAAAGUAAGGAG